GUCGAAGUAAUUCGGGUGACCACGUGAUUAAUUUAACAGCUUCUGCAUAGCAUUUUCAGUGGCGUGUCUUUACACCUAACAAAGAGUACUUCGUCAAAAGACAGAAAAAAUGACAGAUGAAUCUAUAAACGAACCUGAGCAGUUGCGUAAGCUGUUCAUUGGAGGGUUGAAUUAUGAAACGACAGAUGACUCGCUCAAAGGUCAUUUCAGUGAGUGGGGUGAAAUUGUCGACUGCGUUGUCAUGAAAGAUCCAAACACAAAAAAAUCAAGAGGCUUUGGUUUUAUUACAUACAAGCGAGCCUCUAUGGUCGAUGAUGCAAUGAGGAGCCGACCACACAAAAUUGACGGACGAGAGGUUGAACCAAAGAGAGCCGUCGCUAGAGAGAAGAGCGGUAACUCAAGGGAAUCUGGUAAUCCUCUCGCGCACAUGCUGGUAAAAAAGAUAUUCGUCGGUGGAAUCAAAGAAGAUACGAGUGAAGACCAUCUUCGAGACUACUUCAGUAAAUACGGCUCCAUAGAGUCAGUUGAUGUUAUUUCCGACAAAGACACGGGAAAGAAAAGAGGUUUCGCGUUUGUGACGUUCGAUGACCAUGACCCAGUUGACAAGAUAGUCGGUUUGAAGUACCACACGAUCAACGACCACAAAAGUGAAGUGAAAAAAGCUGUCCCAAAACAAGAACUACAGAGGUUACAAUUCCAAAACAGAGAUGGUGGCCGACAAGGAGGUGGUGGUGGUCGAGGGGGUGGUAUGCGUGGCGGUGGAGGCGGCAGCGGUGGUGGUAACUACCGUGGUGGCCGAAUGUUUGACAGAAAUGACUACAACCAAGGCGGUGGUGGCGGCGGCGGAGGCGGUGGUAACUAUGGAAACCGUGGUGGCAACUGGGGAAAUGAUAACUAUGGAGGCGGAAACUAUGGCGGCGGUAAUACUGGUGGUGGAUAUAAUAACUAUGGCAACCAAGGUGGUGGAGGCGGCGGCGGUGGUUAUGGCAACUACAACCAAGGUGGUGGAGGCGGCGGUUAUGGUGGUGGGUCCGGAGGUGGCUACGAUAACUACGGUGGCGGCAGCAGCGGAAAUUACAACCAAGGUAGUAAUACCUCUAGCACUAGCAGUAGUAGCUACGGAGGAGGGGGAAAUGCUGGUAAUGGCGGUGGAUACAACGACUUCGGGAAUAACUACGGUGGCGGACAGUCGAACUAUGGCCCACAAAAAGGAGGCAACUAUGGUGGUGGAAGGCAAAGUGGCGGCCCAUAUGGAGGUGGUUACGGUGGUGGUAACCAGAGCAGCGGCGGUGGUGGUGGUGGUAGUGGUAGCGGUGGCGGCGGCAACUACGGUGGCGGCAACAGGAGAUAUUAAAUACCCUACGAUAUCAAAAGGACAGUCGAUAGAAAGGGUCUUACAUAGUGAGACAGAUUUGCAGAGGAUACCCCUAUUAUAGUCAGUAUUGCCAUAAACAGGAACCAGUCCACAGAUUUGAAGAACGCCCAUUAUUGCUGAACACAGAAAUGUUGAACUAUGACCCGAUGAGACACUUAGCCAAGAUGGCUAGCAGUAGAUUUCUCAGUGACAUCGUCGGGCGAAGGCAUUAGCUGCAUUAUUUGUAUAAAAAUGUUUAUUCAAGGGGAAAUUAUGAUAUAAAUUUUCAUUUGGGGUUUGGGCGGUUUACUGUCCAACUACACAGAAAAACAUUUCUUCUGGUAGAUGUUGUAUUUAUCGAAAGUAUCGUUUUACUUGUAUAAUCAUGCUUAGCUUAGUUUUUAUACUCUGUGGAUUUGUAGGUUUCAUAUUAGUUUAUUAGGAAUAAAUGCGAAUGCCGAAGUCAGUUAGGGGUCAGGUGUCUUUUUAGCUUUAAUAAGCCAGCAAUUAAUUACGCCUUUAUGAUUCACAUGUCUUUAUAUUUCAAAGAAUAUCUAUUAAAAACCAGAAUUUUUAUCAUAAA